GUCAUGGAGAGCGCAAUAUACUCAUCUUCGAUCUGGGGGGUGGUACUUUUGAUGUCUCCAUCGUGACCAUUAAAGACGGCGGCAUCUUUGAGGUGAAAUCUACUUCUGGUAAUACGCAUUUAGGAGGAGAGGACUUUGACAACCGCAUGGUCGCUCACUUCAUGCAGGAGUUCAAGCGCAAAUUAUACAAGAAGGAUAUGAGUGCCAACAAGCGCGCAGUCAGGCGUCUAAGCACAUCCUGCGAGAGAGCAAAGCGCAUGCUCUCCUCAAGCAUUCAGGCUAGCAUCGAGCUCGACUCCCUGUUCGAGGGCAUCGACUACUACACGUUCAUCACGAGAGCCUGUUUCGAAGAGCUCAAUGCUGAUCUCUUCCGCGGAAUCCUGGAGCCGGUGGAGAUUGCCCUGCGUGACUCCAAGAUGGUCAAGGCUCAGAUCGACGACGUUGUGCUUGUUGGAGGCUCAACCCGUAUCCCCAAGAUCCAGCAGCUCCUGCAGGACUUCUUCAACGGCAAAGAACUGAAUAAGAGCAUCAACGCGGAUGAGGCUGUGGCGUACGGCGCUGCGGUGCAUGCAGCCACCCUGUCCGGAGACAAGUCUGAGGAGGUGCGGGAUGUGCUGCUGCUGGACGUCACGCCGCUGUCACUCGGCAUCGAGACCAUUGGAGGUAUUAUGACGACUGUCAUCAAGCGUAAUACAACCAUCCCCACAAAGCAGACGUCCAUGUUCCAGACCAGCGAGGACAACCAGGAUUCUGUGGGGUUCCGAGUCUACGAGGGUGAACGAGCACAAACCAAAUACAAUUACUUGCUAGGCAAGUUUCAGUUGACUGGUAUCCCCCCAGCUCUACAAGGAGUCCCUAAGUUUGAAGUUACCUUCGAUAUCGAUGAUAACGGCAUCUUGAAUGUGUCGGCAGUCGAGACGAGUACUGGAAAUAAUAAAAAAAUUACCAUCAAAGAUAAGGGUCGUCUUGGCAAGGAGGAUAUUGAGCGCAUGGUGGCAGAAGCAGAGAAGUACAAGGGCGAGGAUAAUGCACAGAGGGAGAAGGUCACUGCCAAGAAUAGUCUACAGAGCUAUUGCUUUAACAUGAAAUCCACUGUUGAGGAUGAGAAGCUCAAGGACAAGAUCUCUGAAGAUGACAAGAAGGUGAUCCUUGACAAGUGCAACGACACCAUCAUGUGGCUCGAUGCCAACCAGCUGGCUGAGAAGGACGAGUUUGAACACAAACAGAAGGAUUUGGAGCAAAUCUUCAACCCAAUCAUCACCAAUUUGUUCCAAGCUGCUGGUGAUCGUCUUGGCAAGGAGGAGAUUGUGCCCAUGUUUCACCAGAUCAGAGAAGGAAUGUACAGAUUUGGUGACUCUCAGAAGCUCCGCCUGAUGAGAAUUCUGCGAAGCACGGUGAUGGGUCGAAUUGUUGGCGGUUGGAAGCCGCUGGACAUGUCUCCUGUCAAGAACGAUCCGUGUGGAGCGAAGGGUCGCACGAACCUGGAUACGGCGUGAACAGUUCACGCUGGCUGAGGGCGUCGCGC